UGGCAGUCUACAGCGUGAACGCGAGCGCAGUACACAUCGUGCGACUCUAGCGAAGAGGGAAAAAGAAAGAGACUGAAGGGUUUGUGUUUCUUCCUCUCCGCGCUAAAAAUCAACAGCACCGUAAAAUCAGCCGUUAUAUCUGGAAAGGGUCGCCGCAGCGUGGAGGGGGAACAAGGGAUUUGAUCUGCACCGUUAUUUUUCCUUUUGUGUUUUCUUUUUUUUUCUUUUCCUGUGGAAGGAUUGUGAGGGUUCGGUUGUAAAGAUGAUGGUCGGGGAGAUGGAGGUGAAGGAGAGACCGAGGCCGAGUCCCGACUAUCUCAUGCAGUUAUUGAACGAGAAGAAGCUCAUGACGAGUUUACCGAACCUGUGCGGCAUCUUCACACACCUGGAAAGACUUCUGGACGAAGAGAUAACCAGAGUGAGGAAAGACAUGUAUAACGACUCGAUAAACGGUCUGGUGGACAAACACCCGCUGGAGUUACCCGAGGCAGUGGGAGCCAUCGUACACCUGCAGGAGAAACUUUUCGUACCAGUCAAAGAAUACCCAGAUUAUAAUUUUGUGGGGAGGAUUCUUGGACCUCGUGGACUUACAGCAAAGCAGCUGGAAGCCGAAACGGGCUGCAAGAUCAUGGUGAGAGGCCGAAGCUCCAUGAGAGACAGAAAGAAGGAAGAGCAGAACAGAGGGAAACCGAACUGGGAGCAUCUAAAUGAAGAAUUGCAUGUACUGAUCACAGUCGAGGACACACAGACACGUGCGGAGAUCAAGAUGAGAAGAGCCGUCGAAGAGGUCAAAAAGCUUCUGGUGCCUGCAGCGGAGGGAGAAGAUAAUCUGAAGAAGAUGCAGCUGAUGGAGCUGGCCAUUCUGAAUGGAACAUACAGAGACACCAACAUCAAAGCACCCACCCUUGCGUUCUCUCUUGCAGCCGCGGCAGCAGCCGCUCAAGGUCCGCGCCUGAUGGCGGCACCCGGGGGUCAGGUCCUCCCCCAGUCCCUCAGGCCCCCAACUCCGGCAGGGACCCCCAUCAUGAACAUCAUGCGGCCAACUCAGAUGGCCACCGUGCUACCCAACGGCACCCCCACCCUGGUGCCCCCGUCGCCCGAGGGGGGCAUCAUCUACACCACGCCCUAUGACUACCCUUAUGCCUUGGCGCCCACGUCUCUGCUGGAAUAUCCCAUCGAGCACAGCGGAGUCCUAGGUAAGCGGGCGUGGGGGCUUGGCACUUCACCCUUUGGUGCCCCGCAAGAGGGCACAGCCGGGUUGUUUUACGGGGGCUUGUUGGAUUGGCCGAUGCCAGGCCCCGUUCAGGACUCAAUGAAAGGUGCAAUGGCUACUAAAGUGCGGAGACAUGAUUCACGGGUCCAUCCUUACCAAAGGAUAGUGACCGCAGACAGAGCCGCCACCGGCAACUAACAAAUGACCUCUGAACUCUUCACCCAAUGAUGAGCCGCCCAAGCCUGCCUGCUGAUCAGAUUAACUGGUAAUUGCCUUUUGCUAGCCUGGUGGACGCAGAGAGAGGCACCUGUCCAAGCAGUGAUCCUAACACAAACCAACAUAAAACGCAACCCUCCAUACCAACACGUUGUGUAGCGAUAACAACGAUGAUACUCUUUUUAUUUUAUAUAUGAGUUCUUUAGUUUGUUUCUUUCUUUUUCUUUUCAAAUCAAACGAUUGGGUGGAUGUUAACAGCGAUGUUGCGUCGCCCACAAAUCUGCACUGAAGUUGAAAAGCAAUAAAGAAGCGUCUUCAGCCCUUAAAUGCAUUUAACACUCAUAAGACAAACCUGGUCACCCUGGUGUCAUAAUCGGGGCAUCCAGAUUUCGCAACCCCGCCCUAAACAAAAAGACAUUGUGUACCCCACCCAUAUAAUCUGUCUAUGGUCAUUGAAUCAACAAUGAAAGAAAAAGAAGGAAAGAAAAUCCGCACUCACAUACCAACUUUUUGUGAAUUUCCUGUCCUUCUCCAAUAAUGUAAUUGUGUGUUUUUCAGUUUGACUUUAUUUUUACUGUGCUGACACAUUCUGGGUGUGCCUGAUCAGCUGACUGAGAGCAUGGCUACAAUGACCGAUUGCAAAAGGCUUGUUUUUUCCUGUUACCUUCUGUUUUGACUUUUUCUUACGUUUCCAUGUAUCCUAUUAGUGUUUCGCAAUACGUGCUGGUAUAAUUGCAGUAUUGGUGUCAGCUCAAUAGGGGGCAGUAUGCAGAGACUGGCAGGGGGGCGAUAUAGAUUUGGGGUGAAGUGUUUACGGAGUUAAUCUAAAUCUAGGAUAUUCAGGGUUGGAGAGCUGGGAUACGAACCGGAAUCAGUUUACCGAACUAUGCCAUCCCAAAAAAACACUCAACCCCCACAUACAGUGCCUGAACUUUCUAGAAAUCUUUCUGAACGAGCUGUGAGAUAAAAGACAAAAAAAUAGUUAAGUAUUACGUGUGCGCAUUUAGCCAAAGGGUUUCCAUUUUGAUUAAUUUCUAUAUACGAGCAUAUGUAUCUAAUCGCCAAGGGUUCUGUCGUUUUAGUCUAGAGUUUGAAAAGGUUUGAUGUCAUGCCUGUAUGUUUGAUAGCGAAUCAAAUAUGGAUGAAAUGAUGAUGAAUUUUCCCACGAGACGCUAAUUUUCUUUGAGGAUGUGCAAAGCCAAUGAACACUAAGGAAGAUGAAUGAGGUCGUGAGAUCGGGGGAGGAGCUUCAACUAUCUUUGUGUAAACUUUUUUUCUUUUCUGCUUUAUGUAUUUUAUUUUAUUAAAUAUUGAUUGUCGAUUACUAAGUUGUCUCCCCCGUCACACCUUCCCAAAAUUAGCCCACUGAAAUAAAAUGCAGGUGUUAAUUGAAACUUUCCUCAUCAGCUGCGAAUGAUUUAUUAAGAUGCGCCAUUAUCCACAAUGUGUCCCGCACCGUCCCAGCUACAAAGCCCACCUUCAUUUCUGUACACCCUUUCAAGUAAACAUAGGAUGUGAAAGCCAUGUCUGCCUGUUCAAAUUGCUUUAUACAUACAUGAUAGAUAGAUAAAUAUAUAUAUAUAAAAAUGUAUACAAAUGUAGAUACGUCAUUGCAUAUUAAAAUCCAGAAAGAUCAAAAUUAGAUACUUUUACAGGGUGCUGGAGAAGAAAUAUAUAUUUUUGCCAAUUUUAGCUUUUUAUACUUAACUUGCAGUUAUAAAAUAUGAAACGUAAAAAGAUAUAAAUAUAAAAAAGUUUGUAGAGUAGUACAGCGAAAAAAGACGUUGCGUGACUUUGGAUACUAUUGACGGGGAAAAAACAGACCAAAAUAGUCAAACCAUGGAAUGUCGGUGGAAUCGCGUGAUGUUUCUGAAAGGAGAAAAUUCAUCUUAAACGGACAUAAGUGCCUUACCCGCGGUCGUUUCUUUUUCCGAGUGUUACGUCGUUCAAUAAUAU